GUACCGUAGAGCACUCUAGUCCAGGAAGAGUGGAACUGGAAGUGAGGGGGUAGAAAAAAAUGAAGUGAGUCUUGUAUACUUACAGAGGAGGAACGUCAUAACCCGAUCUCAGAGAAAAACAGGCUCAAAUAGAAAUAAGUUGGCCGCAGUUAUUGCGUCGCGUGGGAUGCACUAGAUAUGGAUUUAAAGUGCAUUGUUUUUCUAUCCGUCGGUGGCGUAUUUGAUUUAUUUUUUUAUGAUUAUUUGCUUCGUAGAAUGCUUCGCAGCAAGUAUUAACAAGGCCCGGGCGGCGGCAACACCUUUUAUUUUUAAGCAUUUUUCUCUUUUCUUUUUCCCUUUCCCUAUUUGCUUCGACAAAUCAGUGAGGGCUGUGGGCGCAGCCAAAGGCGACACUGCAAACGGAAUGAAAGUUUGUCAAGACGGAAUAUUCGACGCAAGCCUUCAAGGAUAUAUGGCUGGGCGUGGGAUAUAACUUGUGCUGGUGGCGUCAACAAAAAUACGUUUACUGCUUGCAGGGGAAAGCAUAGAUAGAUGACAGUAAAGCGACGAUCUAAACCUAAUGCAGGAGAUCUGUUAGACGUGUGCGUGGGUAGGUUGGUAACGCUAAUGUUAUGGCAGUCUGUCGAGGUUGAUGCGGAUUUUCGCCACAGGCGCUCUUGUUUAUUAGCUUGGCUAGUCAGUUAGCGGGUUACUUAGCCACAACUUUUUGCAACGCGUCAAAAUAUUAGCUUCAGUCCUAAAGGUUAUUCUGGCGUGAAAGAGGGCAGUUUCCAUGCAGUGUGUCUGUAAUAGUCUAGAGAGGCAUUUUGCCUACGCAGUGUUGCUAAAAUGAACGCAGAAAAGGGUGCACCACACCAGAUAAUAUCGGGUCUCGGUUUCCACUCUACUGGAGUGGCACUUCAAGCGAGUAUGAUGUUACAGUGUAAUCUUAAAGAUUAACAAAUAUCUGCCGACAGAGGAGCUAACAUAUCGGAUUAAAUAACUCCUCAAUCCGAUGACUGUAGAUGAUGACACGUUUUUAUUUGGACACCAGAGGUAGUAUUGCACAUUGACACGUUCGCAGUCUAAUUUUUCGGGCAGAACAUUACUUCCACAGUAUCUAAAUGGACUCAUUUCCGUGUGCUAUAAAGCUAGUUAUAGUUUGACCCCGGAGUAUCUGUGGCUAUCUGGAUGUCACAAGUGUUUUCCCAGGAAUAACAAUUCGUGUCCCUCUAACGCCUAGUUGGCCGCCCUGUUGUUUUUUUGGUGACACUACUGGACUUUCUUAUCAUUAAACGGUGACAAGUGACAAAUCUGGGCCAUCAUGACAGAAAACGCACCCACACGAAGUCUAGAUGACAUCGACCUCGCAGCUUUGCGGGACCCUGCGGGGAUCUUUGAGCUGGUGGAGGUCGUCGGCAAUGGCACCUACGGACAGGUGUACAAGGGGCGUCACGUGAAGACUGGCCAGCUGGCGGCCAUCAAGGUGAUGGACGUGACGGAGGAGGAAGAGGAGGAGAUCAAGGCGGAGAUCAACAUGCUCAAGAAGUACUCGCACCACCGCAACAUCGCCACCUACUACGGGGCCUUCGUCAAGAAGAGCCCGCCGGGACACGACGACCAACUCUGGCUGGUGAUGGAGUUUUGCGGGGCGGGCUCCGUGACUGACUUGGUGAAGAACACCAAGGGCAACUCGCUCAAGGAAGACUGGAUCGCCUACAUCUGCAGAGAAAUCCUGCGCGGCCUGUCUCACCUCCACGCCCACAAGGUCAUCCACAGAGACAUCAAGGGUCAGAACGUGCUACUCACGGAGAACGCCGAGGUCAAGCUUGUGGACUUUGGCGUGAGUGCCCAGCUGGACCGCACGGUGGGCCGGAGGAACACCUUCAUCGGCACGCCCUAUUGGAUGGCACCGGAGGUCAUCGCCUGCGACGAGAACCCCGACUCCACAUACGACUACAGGAGUGACAUCUGGUCCCUUGGGAUCACCGCCAUCGAAAUGGCAGAAGGAGCACCUCCUCUGUGUGACAUGCAUCCCAUGCGGGCUCUCUUCCUCAUCCCACGGAACCCUCCCCCCAAACUCAAGUCCAAGAAAUGGUCCAAGAAGUUCAUCGACUUCAUCGAGGGCUGCCUGGUGAAGACCUAUCUGAGCCGGCCCUCCACAGAGCAGCUGCUCAAGCACUCCUUCAUCCGGGACCAGCCCACCGAGAGGCAGGUGCGCAUCCAGCUCAAGGACCACAUCGACCGCACGCGCAAGAAGCGCGGCGAGAAAGAGGAGACAGAAUAUGAAUACAGCGGUAGUGACGAUGAAGAUGAGAACCGUGGGGAUGACCGAGAGUCCAGCUCCAUCCUGAACAUGCCCGGCGAGUCGACUCUGCGUCGGGACUUCCUGCGUCUGCAGCAGGAGAACAAGGCUCAGCAGCAGCAGCAGCAGCAGCAGCAGGCCCAGCUGGCCGCCCAGCGCAGAGACCCAGAGGAACACAAGAGGCAACUGCUGCACGACCGCCAGAAACGCAUCGAGGAGCAGAAGGAGCAGAGGAGGAGGCUGGAGGAGCAACAGAGGAAAGAGCGCGAGAUGGUGCGACAGCAGGAGAAGGGCCCCCACCGCCGGCUGGAUGACAUGAGGAGGGAGGAGGACCGCCGAAUGGCCGAGCGAGAGCAGGAGUUCAUAAGGCAUAAGUUAGAGGAGGAACAGCGACAGUUAGAAAUCCUUCAGCAGCAGCUGCUUCAAGAGCAAGCCCUGCUCAUGGAGUACAAGCGUAAGCAGCUGGAGGAGCAGCGCCAGUCGGAGCGUCUGCAGAGGCAGCUGCAGCAGGAGCACGCCUACCUGGUGUCCCUGCAGCAGCAGCAGCAGCAGCAACAGCAGCAGGAGAAGAAGCCACAGCUAUACCACUACAGCAAGGAGGCCAACAACAAACCCACCUGGGCCCGCGAGGUGGAGGAGCGGAGCAAGUUGAACCGGCAGGGCUCCCCUAAGAUCUGCACCACGGUGUCGGACACCAACAUCCAGUCGCGCUCCGACGCCAUCAACCAGGGGGCGGCCCAGGCGGCCGGGACCCCGCCCAUGCAGCGCCCCGUAGAGCCACAGGGCGGACAGGGCAAGUUCCAGAUGGCCCACCUGGUGCCCCUGAAGCCCUACGCGGCGCCCGUGCCCCGCUCCCAGUCCCUGUGCGACCAGCCCACUAAGACCAUGUCCGCCUUCCCCACGCAGGAGCCCUCGCCCUCCCACACCCCCGCCCCGCGGCCCCUGCACCCCCGCGAGCUGGUGCGCCAGAACUCGGACCCCACCUCCGAGACCCCCGCACUGCAGCCUCGAGGAGGGCCCAUGAGGGAAGACCGCGGGCCCUGGAUACGCCUGCCGGAGAUCGAGCAGCCACCCAAAAUUCCUCAGCGGACUGCCUCUAUAGCCACGGCUCUCAACACCAACCUCUCCUCCGGGAUCAGGCACCCCGUCCGCGCAAGCAACCCUGACCUGAGCCGCAAUGAGCGCUGGGAGCGUGGAGACAGCAUGAGCGUGGUGUCCAACCUGCCACAGACCGGAUCCCUGGAGAGACACCAGAUCCUUGGCCAACGCUCCUCUAAAAUGGAUUCCUCUCCCAUCCUCCAUGACGGGCGGCACAAGCCAGGGGACUCCCGCACCUCCUCUCGCCCCAGUCGCCCCGCGAGUUAUAAGCGAGCUAUAGGAGAGGACCACGGUCUAUACUCCAAGGAGCGUGCGGAGGAGCAGCCUCGCAACCCCCCGGUGAAGGCCAACGACUACUCCUCAUCCUCAGAGAGCAGCGAGAGCAGUGAGGAGAGUGAGAGUGGAGAGGGACCAGAGGAGGAGGAGAGCCCUACUGACCGGCCUCGUGAUGCGGACACGGAAAGUGUGAACACCAUGGUGGUGCACGAGGAGGAGGAGGAGGCGGAGGGGAGGGAGGACGAGAGGGCCGGAGUCUACGGAGACCAGACCAUGCUGGUGCAGAGGACUCCAGAGAAGCGCAGCCACAAUGGCUACACCAACCUGCCAGACGUGGUGCAGCCCUCCCACUCCCCCACCGACUCCACCUCCUCCCCAGGGAAGGAGACCGCCUACGACUAUCAGUCACGAGGCCUGGUCAAGGCUUCUGGGAAGUCAUCCUUCACCACCUUUGUGGAUCUGGGCAUGUACCAUCCGCAAGGAGGCACGGGGGAGUCCCAUCCAGGAACCUUGGGUGCGCGGUUUGAGCAGCUGAAGGUGGAGGUCCGUAAGGGCUCGAUGGUGAACGUCAACCCCACCAACACACGGCCACAAACCGACACGCCCGAGAUACGCAAGUACAAGAAGAGGUUCAACUCUGAGAUCCUCUGCGCUGCUCUCUGGGGUGUGAACCUGCUGGUGGGGACUGAGAACGGUCUGAAGCUGCUGGACCGCAGUGGUCAGGGGAAGGUCUACCCCCUCAUCAACUCACGCCGCUUCCAACAGAUGGACGUCCUGGAGGGACUCAACCUGCUCAUCACUAUAUCAGGGAAGAAGAACAAGGUGCGUGUGUACUACCUGGCCUGGCUACGUAACAAGAUCCUGCACAACGACCCCGAGGUGGAGAAGAAACAGGGCUGGACCACUGUUGGAGAGAUGGAGGGCUGUGUGCACUACAAAGUGGUGAAAUAUGAGAGAAUCAAAUUUCUGGUCAUUGCCCUGAAGAAUGCGGUGGAGGUGUACGCCUGGGCUCCCAAGCCCUAUCACAAAUUCAUGGCUUUCAAGUCGUUCAGUGACCUGCCCCACAGGCCGUGUCUGGUGGACCUGACGGUGGAGGAGGGCCAGAGGUUGAAGGUCAUCUACGGCUCCUGCGCCGGCUUCCACGCCAUCGACGUUGACUCCGGAAACAACUACGAUAUCUACAUCCCCGUGCAUAUCCAGAGCCAGGUGAUGCCGCAUGCCAUCGUGUUCCUGCCCAGCUCGGACGGCAUGGAGAUGCUGCUGUGCUACGAGGACGAGGGCGUGUACGUCAACACCUACGGCCGCAUCAUCAAGGACGUGGUGCUGCAGUGGGGGGAGAUGCCCACCUCCGUCGCGCACAUCUGCUCCAACCAGAUCAUGGGCUGGGGUGAGAAGGCCAUCGAGAUCCGCUCGGUGGAGACGGGGCACCUGGACGGGGUCUUCAUGCACAAGAGAGCCCAGCGCCUCAAGUUCCUGUGCGAGAGAAACGACAAGGUCUUCUUUGCCUCAGUGCGUUCCGGAGGCAGCAGUCAGGUCUACUUCAUGACCCUGAACCGGAACUGCAUCAUGAACUGGUGAAUCUGAGACAGAGGGGAGACGACACUGCCAUUCCAACGACACUCACUGCUGUCUGCCUGUCUGUCUGUUCUUGUCCUCCAGGUUUAUCUUGUUCUCCUCAACUAAAGCCCUCCGGCCCUCCUCUCUUUCAUACACUUGUAUGUACACACUCCAAAAACACCAACAUUUUCAAAUAAUGUUGUUAGGGAGGGUUUUUGCGCCACAUCAAUGAAACAUAUAUACCCACUUGAACAAAGCUUGCUUGUAUCACCAACGGUUCCAAGGGUACUCAUAGACACAAGCGUACAGUGCUCUCACAUAUUUGCGUGCUUCCAUGCAUGCAUAUAUCUGGAGUAGUGCGGGGGUAUUGUUCUUCUGAAACCCACAGCAGAGUUGGAGGGCUGGUUGUUACCUUUGUAACCUAGAAGGCCGUGUUUCGUGAUGGAUUUUUUCGUUUAUUUUCUUUGUUUUGUCCUGUCUGGUCUGUCUUCUGUGAGGCACCAUCUUGUUUAGGGUGCCGUCAGAAACUCACAGUUGAUACACGUCCAGACCAGAGUCCAUUGUCCUCCUUAGUACAUAUCCCUGUAGUAACGGCGUUAAUUUAAUGCGCCACACCACACCAAGUCAGUUCAAGCAACAUUCCUUCUUCACCAGAUCACUGUACAGAAAUUUGAUUUUGAAAUAUUAUGAGGACGGCUUUUUUUAUAGGAGGCCAAAAAUAGCAGCCUGUCAUUUAGUGAGAGCUAGCAUAUGAAAGGACUGGCAGGCCUUGUCUGCUUAUACUGCGUUUCUUGUUGAGGGGUGACGCCUUUGCAGAGCUCUUUGCCUGAAAUAUGUACUGCAAUAGCGCGCUCUAGUGUUUUGGAGUGGCAUUGCGACACCUGUAAUUUAACCAUUUCAUUACUUUGUCCUUGUAGAGCAGGUUUUCAUGUAGGCAAAAAAGAAAGCAUCGUUUCUAGUGGUAGAUUUUGUCUUUCUUUCAUGUAUAAAUCAAGCAAGAGAGGAAAGACUUAAAAGAAAAAACAUCUUUUAAGAAUGCUGACAUAUUCUAUUCACCCGUUGGCCUCUAAUUGUGAAAUGGCAGUGGCAGUGGCUGGGCUUUUGAAGGAUGUGUGGGCCAGAUACGGCCCGGAGAUGAACCACAACUAACCCAAUUGUAAAAAUGCACUGUGGGGGACAUGAAAUACCACACACACACACACACACACACACACACACACACACACACACACACACACACACACACACACACACAGACACAGACACAGACACAGACACACACACAGACACACACACAGACACACACACAGACACACACACACACACACACACACACACACACACACACACACACACACACACACACACACACACAGAUCAUAAGCUAAACAUGGGGUUCCCCCUUUCUGCUGCCAUUGCCUCUGCCUCUGCCUCUGCUUCCAGCUCUGCUGUGUGCGUUGCAAACCCCCACAAAAAACACAUUUGUUUCAGAAUAAAUGGAGAAUAUAUUUCAUUCACCUUUAAAAAAAAAGCUGUCAGUGCGAUUUUCUUUUUUUUUGUAAAGGCAGUCUUUUUUUCAUCCAUGUCCUACGUUCCUCUAUAUCUACAGCGAUUUGAUAUUCUCCGUACUGUAUCUGUACUUGAUAUUAAUCCUUAUUUUAUUCUGCUGUUUAAUUGCUGUUCUAUUGCAAUACCGUGCCGUUCUAGUGCCGUUUUUUUUCUCGUUUGAAGUUUCUUAGAAGGGACCUCUUCAGUUUUUGGCAGUGGGAGACAGGAGAAAGAGAUGGAGGCUUGUUUUUUUAAGGAAGGCAGGAUUUAGAGGAGGGUAUUUGUAAUUAAGAUUACAAGAGACGUAGUUGUUAUCACAAGCUUUGAAGGAUAAGUGAAAUUCCAGUUUGAUCAGUCAUGCUCCAGACUUCAUUUCUGCAACAAAUCUAACCCAAGAACAACUUGUUGGCCCUUAUUUUGUCUUGACCAUUUAUUCUGCAGCUUGUAAGACAGCCAUAAGUGUGUGUGUUUUUGUGUGGGUGAGACAGAGAGUGUGCGUGCGUGUUUGCGUGCAUGUGUGCGUGUGGAAAGAGUUGACGGGCGUACCAGUUCUAAGCAAUAGUGUAUUAAGCAUUUAGUCACUGAUUCGUUUGGAUUGUAUGCUUCUCAAUCAAAAGGGCGCUAUAGUCUUUUACAAGUGGGUCACCACACACCCACACCACAACCCUGAUUUCUCCCCAUCACCUCAGUGUUUGCAGGGCCCUUUUUUUGACGCAGUAAAAGUGGCAUCUCUGCUCUUCACAAAAGCUAUUCCACAAUUCAAAAGAUUAAUAAACGAUUAAAGAAAGUGAAUAAAGUUGUUUAGUAAUAAAUCACUACAGAGAUAAAAAAAACAUAUCAUAUGUAGAUAUUAUACACACUGAUGCACUUGCAUAGCAUGUUUAUAGCACAGAACAAUGAAGAUUAUAUAUAUAUAUAUAUAUAUAUAUAUAUAUAGCACUUUGAUCUCUUUCCCCUUGAUACGCAAGCAUUUACUGUAUGAACUAUUUUUAUUUCGGAAAAUUAAGAGGUGUGUUACGCUGCCCUGUAAACCAAAAGUUGAUUUGUGGCGUCUUCCUCAAAUGUACAAGGACACGUUAACAACCCAUGUUGCCAAAUUCUAUAGGUCCAGCAUUAAUGCUCCUCUUGUCCUUGUGUUCUGAUGUAUAUAUUAUGGUUGAAUGUUGUAUGACUUAAUCACUAAAAUUAAAAACGGCCCUAAUUUGGAGCUAACACAAUAGUGUCUGAAUGGCUUCACAGAACAGUGCAAAAGUAUUCCAGCCUGGAACGAACCAUGGCACAGGUAUUCCAACAGUGUUCCAGUAUCAGCCAGGUUCCAGUAUUGGAACACACAGGGGGAAGUGCAUUAGGAAGAAUACAGUACAAUCAGUCUUUAGCUUAUGAAGCCAAACUGCCAUGUUUACCACAAUUGUCGUGCCUUGGAUCGGUUUUCAUAGUGUUCUCCUACUUGCUUGACUGUGUUAGUUUGCAUGUGUGACUGGGAGAGAACUGGUGACAGACAGGAGGAAAGGAGGGGGAGAGAGAGAGAGAGAGAGAGGCAGGGAUGCGUUUGUAUCAGCGCUUUUGGCCCAUCACCGCUUCCAUUUGACGUAAGCCAGGGGAAAGUCAGGGCCUAUUGUAUACAGAGCAACGCUGAGACUUGAGACAAAAUGGCAGCCUCCCGUCCUGAUGUUCAUAAAAAAGGUGUCUUGUGCCAACAAAGUGCACUUACUGUACAUGUAAAAAAAAAACUACCAGAACAGACCCUUGAAUUCCACCUUUAACCCCAUUGAACGAACCUAAAGCCAUGGGAUUGGAAAGAUUAUCGCUGUCCAGGUUUUCCUGUCAAGAGACAUGACAUGUUAAAAAAAUGUCGGGAUUGGAGAAAUGCAGUCGAAUGGCUGACCUGAUGUGUGUGGUGCUGUCUGUACAGUAUCACCGUGGCCACAAGUAUUUCAGCUUUGGUGGGGUGUGGAUGUCCGUGUCAGUGUGUCGUGCCUUCUCCAACUUUUUUCAAAUGCUCAGUGCUCACUGGUUGCUCAAGUCUGUUGCCAUGGAGAAGUGUUGGCUGGCUGCAUUACAAUGCAGAUCUGGAUGGACCCCCACCGCCCCCCCCCCCACACACACACACCCCACUCCUUCCUGGUUCUGUCUGUCUUGUAGUUCCCAUCCUUGCCAGCAGUGGGACCCAACGUCACGUUGCUUUACUUUUGCUUUGCUUACAUUCAGAAUUGUGUGUGUAGAAUAAUUAGCCAGAAAAGCAUCAGAAGGCAAAGCCAUCAACUUUUUAUUUCCCCCCACACACACACACACGUUGCUGCCGUUCGUGUGGACCUGCGGAUGAUCUUUUAGUAGGUGUUUGCUGGUGUGGAAAAAGAAAUACCUGGAUGAUUUUUUUUUUUUUUUAGAAAAGGUCUAAGUGAUGCUUUUUUGCUAUAAUGGGGAAGGGGCAGGGAGAAAAAAGUAAUAUAUAACAGAUAAGUAUGAGGAUAUUUUUAUUACAUAGAUAUGUAAAUUAUAUUGGAAAGAAAAAAAAUCUAACGAAUGUACCUCCACUGAAGAGAUUUGCGUGUAACAUAUUUUUACCAAUAUAUUAGCGAUCUAAGCACAAAUACAUUUCUGACUUCAGUAUGAUACCGUAGCUGUACAUGUGGCUAUAUACACAAUAUUAACUUUUUGAGCAUUAGAAGGAGUUCCCUUCUUUGUUUUAUCUCUUUUUUUUUCUUCUUUCAUAUCUUUUGGUUGUGUAAAAGAAGAUAAAAACAGUUGUGUGCAAGUGCGGCAGUAGUUUUUAAGCAGGAGUGGACAAACUGGUUUUGAGAAAGUUAAAGUCCUGACAGAUAUUCCUUAUCCCUGCACUCCUAACAGGUGAUUUCACUUAUUAGCUAAUCAACCUGGCCGAAGGGAUGUGGUAAUUAGGAUCAACAGCUUCAUGGAGUUGGCUGCUGUAAAUAUGUGGCAGGGAUUUGACUUUUUGGAGCUGGGAUGUUCGGUCCUGUUUUAGGGCCUGUGUUAGAGAUGUUCUUUCCAUUGAAGAUGAACCAUACUGGAGUCCCAUUAGAACACAGGACCAGCCUCUAAUACAGCUGCUUCUUGGUCACCGAUUCUUUGCAGAAAAGUGAAGAAAACGUCUUCAUUUACAUGAUCACAUGUAAAUCUUACUUGUAUACACGUUUAGUCCAGAAGAAUGAAGUGUAAGGCCUACAGUGCGUCUCAAAACAGGCCAUUCUAAACUGGCUUUCUUUGUCAAUUUCUUUGUCUAUGGCCAUAACAGAGAGGAAAAAAAGUGUAUGACUUGAUUUGUUUUUGGCUUGUCUUUGUUUGCUCUCACACGUUCAUUCUCUCUCAACUGCAGUUUAUCAAAUCAGUUGAUAAUCAGUGUGAAGAAAUCAUAUCUACAUUGCAAUAAAAAAAAAAAUCUCGGUCAAUGUCAGAAUUGUGCUUUCAAGUCAAGACAAAAAAAAAACCCAAUGGAGUGAAGCUGAGUGAAAUAGAGUAUAGUGGGAAGGAAACAGGCCGGUAGAAAAGGCACUAAAGCAAUAUGGUCUCAACGGCAUGCCUUGAUGAACUCUCACCGACCCCUAGUGUUUGGGCGUGUUCUUGUUUCGGUGUUGGCUGGAUCCAGUGUAAAAGAAAAAAAAAGUCUGAAUUGUGGCCUUCUGUGGCGUCCUCAAUCAGCUAAUUUCCAUCACUCAGUGGGGUAACCUACAAUACGCUCUUGUUCUCUGUCACCCCCCCACCCCUCUGAACAAACUGAUCUGGUGUUAGAUAAAUUACACCUCAGAACGGUGGAGUCCACUUAUACAUUUUGACUAUUUGCGAAACAGCUUACAGUAUGUGGUGGCAUAACAUCAAAUGUAUAGUAAAGCAGGCUCCAAAUGCCAUACAAUACUGUGGAGGUGGUAACUUUUAGUGUUGCGGUGUGCUUCUCUGCACCUGUUUUCUUUUUUUAAAGGGCCUUUUGACUGCUGUUUUAGAUCCAGUAUAAACUCUAUUUAACCUGCUGUGAUCAGUACUUAGCAAACCACGUUUUGUCUGACUCUGUAAUAAAGGAGGAAAUAAAAGAAAUUGUUUUCCCUUAGGUUGACUUUUUAAAGAAUUGACCUUGUUUGAAAGAAGCUUUAACUCGGUAGAAAAUGUUGUCACGGUAACCAGAGAGAGCGAGAGCUUAAGUUUUGAAGCGUUCUAAGUUGAUAUCCUCUGUGAUGGGUUCAUAGCGUUAUCUUUUUAUUUCACUUUUGUUUAUUUUCAUUUUUAAUACAACAGAUUGUUUUUCUUUUUUGUUUUGUUUUUUUGACCAGUAGAUGUUUGAACUGUAUUUUAGUGUUCAUGUUUUCAGGGUGAGAACUUCAGAUUGUAUUUCACAAACAGAUGAGAUUAAAAGUCUUAAAUAUUGUGUUGAAUGAACCCAUGGGUCUGUUAUGUCUUAACACAGGACUGGUUGGUAAAAUAAAAUUUUAAAAAUGA